UUUCCGGUCAUUUAUCUUUAAAGCAUUUAAACUGAUUCCACAAGAAAAAACCAAGUCCCCAAAAAGGACGUAUUUUUGGUUAGGCUAGUGACAAACGCGCCUAAGCUAAAGGGAAAGGCUCGGUUCGGUAUACGUCAUACUGGGCGAGGUUAACAUAGAGGACGGUUUUGCCGUUAGUGCGCCACCGUUGCCAGUGUGGCCGUACUGUAGGAAGUUGAUUUAGUACCCAGCGCCCUCUAGUGUCGGUUCGCCCGAAGCUUGGGGGGGGUUUUCUUUUUCUAUGCCUAAAUGGCGAAGAAAAUUUGUUGGUAGCGCCUGCGCUUGGGGCUCCGUUAUCAGCCUGCGAGUGAGACACCCGUACCAGCUUUCGAUUGUUGGGGGGGUACGCCUCCAUGCCAUGCUUCAGAGUAGGACACAAGAAAAUGCACGGUGAGUGGGUGUGUGUGUGUGUUGGUGCUUAUCGGGAAAAAAUGAUGGUGUGUAGCUAGUUUACCGUAUUAUAGCCCGUGAAAAAGCGGCCAUCAGUCAACAACGAAAACUCGUACGGUGUAGGCGCCAACAACGAGCCCAGCGCUCCUGCAAGGCUAUCUCUGGAAAAGAAGAAAAAAACGAGCGAGAGAGAGAGAGAGAGAUAGGCUGUAAGGGAGAGAUCAGAUGCAAGAAUUCUACUACCGUUCUGUAGUUGGUCUGUAAAACAGUUUCCUCCAUCAGAUGGGUCCACCGUUCGUUGAUGGCUGGUGCAACAUUGGUGUGAAAUUGUGAAACAUGUGUCAGGAAUUCUGGUAACGUUCGUCGGAUGUUCGGUGUGUGUGUGUUUUGCAAAUACUUGCAGUACAUCCUAUAACCGUGAACGUCUUGCGAACACAUUUCCAGCAGGAUAUCGGAAGGAGCGAGGAACAGCCCAUGUGACUAACAUACUAUCAAGCAGUCCGUCAAUCGUCGACUUAGGUCACACGGUAUAGAUGCUACUGCGUCUAAAUAUAGUCGACCACAUCCCGCACAGGCAACGUGCGGCAAGCAGGCACCGUAUCCCGUAUAAUAGUAGCUUCUUCCGGUCGUUGGAGCGCUUCGCUACGUGCUCCCGGCAUAUUUGACGUCACAGCCGGUGCCGUGAUCUCACGUUACAAUGGCGGAACAGCAGCAACGUGACUCGCUAUGUCCCCGGCUGAUCGACUAUCUGGCAAUUGUGGGCGCCCGUUCAACGCAUGUGGCACGGUCCGGGGCUGGCAAUGUAGGUUCUGCCUCUGCCUCCGCCAGUCAAUCGUCUGUGCAGCUGCCAGAACUGUUGCGACGCUACCCGCCAAUGGACCAUGAUGACUUCCCGCUGCCGUUGGACAUGGUGUACUUCUGUCAGCCGGAAGGAUGCGUUAGCGUGGGUUCCCGGCGGACAGGUUCGGCCAUCCGUGACACGACCUCCUUCGUGUUCACGCUCACCGACAAAGACUCGGGCAAAACGCGGUACGGUAUAUGUGUGAAUUUUUAUCGUCCGAUCGAAAAGUCGCUGCCCCGUGUGAGUAUCGGUUCGGGGACGGCGGCUAGCAAGCAGCCACCGAACUGCUCGUUGCGGCGUGAGUCGUGGCGCAAGAGUAUGGAGAAAAGUUCCGAUUCUGCCUUUUCCAGUGACUAUCGGAGCAGCAAUAUAGCACCGAGCGACUCUUCCGACCGGGACUGUCCGAGCCGACGCGACUCGGAUCCACCGAAUGCUAGCACCAACUACGGCACCACCACCCAUCAGUCACUGUUGGGCGUGGUGGGCCCAUCCGGCGACUCGGAAUCCGGUGGUAGCCAUUCGCCUUCGCCGCGAGCUUCCCGCAAGCGUUCGAAGAUCCGCAAUCACUCGCUCACCUCCCUGUGCAUACUGUCGCACCAUCCGUUUCUGACCAUCUUUCGCGAAUGUCUGUUCAUUCUGAAGCGGCUUAUCGACGCGUGCAACGAUUCCUGUAGCCCGAAGCGGGUCGGUGCGGCCCGACCCUCGGUGCGGGACAGUGUUUGGAAUGUGCUGACGAACCAAGCGUCGGAGUCGACCAGCUCGGUCAUACUGCACGAUGUGCAGGAGAUCGAAACCUGGAUCCUGCGGCUACUGUCAGCACCGGUACCGGUGCCCGGUUCGACUCGGGUCGAGGUAGACGUCCUGUCGGCCACACUCUAUCAACCGCUUGUCUUUGCCCUGCCCGAUCACACGCGCUUCACGCUGGUAGACUUUCCGCUGCAUCUGCCGCUGGAGCUGUUGGGCGUGGAUACGUGUCUGCGUGUGCUGACGCUCAUACUGCUCGAGCACAAGGUGAUCAUACAGUCGCGCAACUAUAACGCGCUCUCGAUGUCCGUGAUGGCGUUCGUGCAUCUGAUCUAUCCGCUGGAGUACAUGUUCCCGGUCAUACCACUGCUGCCGACCUGCAUGGGAAGCGCUGAGCAGUUGUUGCUUGCACCGACGCCUUACAUUAUUGGACUACCAGCAACGUUUCUGAUGUACAAGAAAAACUUCCGAUUACCGGACGACAUCUGGCUUGUUGAUUUAGAUUCGAACAAGCUAACACCGGCGUCGGGCGAUAUGGAGGCCAUACCGAUGUUACCCGAACCGGAGGGCGGUAUACUGAAAAAUCACCUGAAGCAGGCCCUCAACUCGAUGACGUCCGGAAACCAAGCGUCAUCAAUGCCGCAUCGUCCACCGGCCGUCAAUGGGCGUGAUAGCUUCAACAGCUCUAACGCCACCACCGGCCUAGCACUGCAGGCACCACAAUCGUCCGGAUCGCACGGUGCAAAUCAUGGUGGGGCCUCCACCGGCGCUACCCCAUUCACGGGUGGUGCGCCCGGCUCAACGGUUGCCUCGCAACAGCCAAGCCCGGUCGCACAGCCAUCCGCUACGAAUCCACUGAUUUUCGGUGCCGAUGUCGAUUCGGUCGAUGUUGCUACACGCGUCGCGAUGGUGCGGUUUUUCAACUCGCAAAACACCCUCGCCAACUUCACCGAGCACACGCGCAUUUUGCGACUCUACCCGCGACCGGUGGUCGCCUUCCAGAUCAAUAGUUUUCUGCGCUCGCGGCCCCGUACGUCUGCGUUUCUGAACCGUUUCGCACGCACACAGGCGGUCGAGUGGUUGGCCGAAUGGUCGCUGACACCCUCGAACGUGGCGUUUCUUCGCGUGCAAACGGGUGUGCUAGAUCCGGCGCAGGUCGGCGAUAAGCCGAAAUGGUACGCACACGCACUGAACCCCAUCCGGUUCCAGGUGUGGGACGAAGGUAGUUCGCUCAGCGUAGCGCUCAAGCGAAUGCUAAGGCUCGAGAGUCAACCAACGGACGAGAGUGGUUCGGACUCGGACGGGGCGGAUAGUACCAGCUCCUCGUACUCGUCGCUAAGUGACUUUGUGUCCGAGAUCGUAUCGUCGGACCUUUCGCCGAGCCUGCACGAGGUGUACGCUAACCAGCACCAUCACCACCAUCACGUGGCUCCGAAGAACCUGUCGUCGAAUCUGGACCCACAUCUCGUGUACCGACCGCCCAGCUCGUUACGCUUUCCGGAAGGCAUGCAACCGCAACCGAGAGAACCAAGCGGUACCGAGCAGGCAGAUUCGGCCGAAUCGACAUCUUCCAGCCAGUCGGACCUCAGCUCGCCCAGCUUCAAUCGUGACUCGGAGUUUGAGUUUAACCCCAAGACACGGAACGAGGUGCAUCUAGUGGUGAAACCGGAACGGGAGCAGGGUAGCUUUGAGAAUGAGUCGGACUCGAACUCAACCACCACACCGAAGACUAUCGUAUCGAAGGAUAGUGCAGGAUCGCACGACGCUGUCGCGGGUGCUAAACGCAGCGGCAAGCUGUGCAAGAUCCCUCCGCCUAUAUCGCCCAACUUUGCACGCCAGCAGAGCGGUGCCAACCUGUUGGCACGUACAUCUAGCUCCGGUUCGACCGGUUCCGGUAGCCAUCCGCCAUCGCUCGGGUCGGCUGGUUCGCAGCGCCAAAGUUCGCAAGGCUCACUGUUCGAGGUACUGACGACACAGGCGAAGGAGCUCGUUAGGGAAACGACACGCCAGAGCAGUCAGGACGGGUUGUUGGCUCAGAUGGAUAAGUUCAAAGUGCAGGCGAAGGAAAUAGAAGAAGAUCUCAAGAUUCUAGCACCCCUUGAGCAGCUUACAUUACAGGCGAAGAAAGCGGCCGAGGAAGCUUCAAAACAGGCGCUCGAAGCAUCCAAGCAGGCGGCCGGUGUCAGCAAAAAUACGAUCGAAGAUCUAACGUACGUCGGCAAAUCUACCAUUGGCGAUCUGACCAAAUCGGCCAAAGAGGUGGCAGCGAAGAAGGGUCUGCUGCAGCAGGGCGCCGCACCGUACACCGGUCCACAGUCACUCAAUUCGCCGACCUCGAACACGGUGGCAACCACCAACCAGUCGCUGUUUUCUUCGAUAACGAGUGAUUUUAACGGUAUCGCCCAGUCCACCUCCUCCAUGUUUUCCGAUCUGUUCGGUAGCAAGCAGAAGAACCAGCAACAGCAACAUCAACAGCAACAACAUCACCAGCAUCAUCAGCAGCAACAUCAGCAACAUCAGAUGCCGCUCCAUCAACAGCAUGGUGGCGAUGGGCAGCGUGGUGCGACCAGCAUGCUGCAACAGCAGCAGAUGAAAAUGAAGGAAAAGCUAUCGUUCGAUCCAUUCCCCGGUCGGAAGGGUUUGGUGGAGCGUAACCCACUGAUCAAACAUUCCGGGCCGAAGCAAACGAAGGAGGAAAUUCAGCGGCUACAGAACGCUGAACGGUCGACCAGCAAUUCGGAAAAUCAAACCUUCCUGAAGGAUCUGGUUAACCAGGUGCUGGCCGGUGAGGGUGUUGGCUGGUUAAAGUUGAACCGGCUGAAGAAGCUGAUGGAAGACGAAUCGUACCGUAUGCUGGUGCUGGGGAAGCUUAACCGAACGCUGGAACGAAAAAUUGGUCCAGACGAUCAUAUCGACGAUGUGUGCAUAUCGAAAUCGGUGUACAAAGGAACGCUCAAGUGUUUGGUAGCGAUCACGCACGGCUUGGAACACACGAUAGGCAACUUUGGGCUCGGCGGGAUGGCAUCCGUGUUCCAGAUGAUGGAAAUCGCACACACGCAUUACUGGAGCAAGGAUCUUACCGAGGGUUCGGGUUCGGACAUGUCCGCCAGCUUGCUAUCUAGCCAGAGCGUUAGUCCGAUGGGUAGUCGAGAAAAUCUACGAUCACCGCAAAGCCCGACGGAAAUGUCGGAUUGGAUGUUGGGUGGUUCUCGCAAAAGCUCCAGCGCCACCACCGAACAUGUCGCGCUGUCUCGCCACCCGUCGGAGAAUGAGCAGGAGAAUCAAUCCACCUCCGAGAUGUUCAAGGACAUGCUGUCGCUGAAGCGCAACGUGUUGUUUAACAAGCUGACGUCGUUCGAUUCGGAGGGUAGCAUUGCGAUGCAAGAUUCAUCUGGGACAUUAUCUGUCGCUAGUGACGUUUUGCCGCAACAGCAAUCCGGUGACUUUUUGGCCACCUCCAUUUCGUGCCGCUCGACGGUGUCGGAUACCGAAUACGAGAAAUUCCCGAAAAGCUCCACACUGAAGGAUGCGAAAAAGAUGGCGGGCGGUAUAUUUUCCGGCAAAUCGUCACUAAGUGCUGGCUUCCGCUAUACCGGCGGUAGCCUGAUCCCGUCCUCGGGAUCCCCGUCCCCGGAUGCGCCCCGUGUCUAUCUGUUCGAGGGUUUGCUGGGUAAGGAUCGGUCCAGCAUCUGGGACCAGAUGCAGUUCUGGGAGGAUGCGUUCCUGGACGCGGUAAGCCAGGAGCGGGACAUGAUCGGGAUGGAUCAGGGGCCGGGCGAAAUGAUGGAACGGUACAAAGCGCUGUCGGAGUCGGAGCGCAAGCGGCUCGAGCACGAUGAGGAUCGCUUGCUGUCCACCAUGCUGUACAACCUGACCGCGAUUCUGGUGAUGCUGAAUGUGCACAAGCUGGAGAUAAAGAAGAAAGUGCGCCGCCUGCUAGGGAAAAGCCAUAUUGGGUUCAUUUACUCGCAGGAGGUGAAUCUACUGCUCGAUCAGAUCAAUAAUCUGCAUGGUAACGAUAUCGAUCUGAAGCCGCUUGGGUCCCGGUUGCUGCAUCGACAGAGUUUCACCGUCCACCAAGGUAUCGAUGCAAGCGGUUCGCUACGCUUUAUCGAGGUGCGAGAUGACGGGCUGGUAUUGCGUUCCGUCAACGGUAGCAUCACGGAACGGUGGUGGUUCGAGCGACUCGUCAACAUGACCUACUCGCCGAAAACGAAGGUACUGUGCCUGUGGCAGCGUAACGGUGGCCAAACUCAACUACACAAGUACUACACACGCAAGUGCAAGGAGCUGUACAAUUGCAUCAAAGAGUCGAUGGAGCGCAGUGGUUGCGCCGGUCAAGCGCCCGAGCUUGGAGGUGAGUUUCCGGUGCAGGACAUGACUACUGGCGAGGGCGGUUUGCUGCAGGUGUGCCUUGAGGGCGUCGGACUGUUGUUUGCCAACAGCAAGGAUUUUGAGUUUUUCAUCCGACUGAACCACAUACGGAAGUGCUUCACACAGAAAGGAGGAGUGUUCAUACUGGAAGAGUACAAUCCUAAAACGAGACUUAUUAUUCAGCGCAAAUACAAAUCUGCGAUGGCUGAUCAAAUCUGUUAUGCCGUCCUGUGCGUGUUCUCCUACAUUGCUGCCGGUCAGGAUCAGACGAAGCAGCAUCACGGUGCAUCCGGGAAGGGAAUGUCUUCCGCAGACCGCCAGACCGCUAUAUCCGUGCCAGGCACACAACCCACCGCCGGACUGGCAUCGUCGGCCAAAGCUGUCCAAUCUCAGGCCCAACAGCAGCAGCAGCAGCAGCAACUACAAUCGCAAAAAAUUCAACAAACGCAUCUUCCACAACAGAGCUCACCGAAGCUCAAAACGGUGGUUGGUAAACCGAUUAGCCCGAAACAGCCGGCCCCUACCAUCCAGCAGCCCGUACAGCAGCAGCCUCCAUCGCACCCACCCCCAACAUUCCAAUCCCAACCACAGCAGCCCCAAACCGCUCAGCGAAAACAGUCCAACACAUCCCAAUCGGACGUACCGAGCGGCGGGGUCGGAAUCCCCGGUACGGUAAAGCCACCGACGAUUCCUGCCCGCCCGAAAGCGGUCACACCAGCGGCCAGCUCCAUCACCAGCAGUCCACCAUCGACCAAGGCACCGGUACUGCCGGCCAACCGUGGGCCACCGCCGGCCAUACCACCGCGCACCAGCCUGUCCCAGCGGUCGGAUUCCGUCACCGGCACCAGCAGCAGCCAUCAGCAACCCUUGCAGCGACAAUAUUCGGCAAUCGAACCGUCGGCUACCGGACGGCCGUCCAAACCGUUCCCGUUCCGUUCGCUCCAGAAGCAAUCGACGGAUGCGACCGGUGGUGCCGGUGCGUCACUGGAACAUUGAACCCGCCGACGGUAGUAGCAAUGCAACGGUACGGAUGCCUCCAAUGCGAGACCCUGCGCUGCUUACCUAAUUGACAUUGUUAGGCCAGUGCAAUGCCCGCACACCCCAAUACAACGAUACACAAAACGUUUGUGCAAAUAAGUCUUCUAUUUCUAUAAAAAACCAGACGUCGAGCAGGUUAUCAGUCGAGCACCCAGGGCACUCUAAACCCUUGAAGUCUUGUAGUGCAGCAGAGCAGAGAGAGCGAGAGAGAGCGAGAGAGAGAGGAAAUAGGUGAAAGGACUAGAUCUAUAUAUAUUAUACAUACUUGAAACAACGUGUCGCGUGCUGUUAAAAUAAGCUUUAAACUAAUACGCAACUUCAGGUAGAGGAUAACGAGCGGGUCUCGCUUCUUAGGCGAAUUAGUUCAGUAUUACGCGCAUCACCCGGUUCUGGAACCAGACACCAGUAGCGCAGCUGUUAAAGUGUUAAUGUUGUGCGACUUUUAUUGCGUUCCAUGUUUAAGCUAAGAUGAUGCUAUAUCGUUUUCGUUUUUUUUUUGUUUUGUUUAAUGCGAGCACAAAUCGUACGUACGCAGGCAGGUGAUGUUCUUGAUUUGCUCCGGCCAACUUCGCGGAUAAAUUCGCAUUUAGUGUGAUAGUAACAUAGAAUGUAUGUUAACAGCUAAUGGUAAGCAGCUUAGUCUGACAUGUACAUACGACGCAUACGUACAGGAGCACCGAGGCUUGCUAGUAUUUCUAAGUUUCGCCUACGGUUCUUCUAUUUUGUUUUUGCCUGUCACAAAUGUAACAACCAUCGUAAAACGCUCCCCUAAAACGAAACCACCCCCCCCCCCCCCCCCCCCCCCCCCGUAAAGGACACAGCAGUUGCGUUUACGUUUGUGAAUCUUAAUAGCUUUAAACAGUAUAUCAUGUAUAUGGCGUUCGUAUCAAAAACACACACACAAACCCGCCCGCGAUACCCUAUAGCCCUCUCCUAUAUAAUCGAUCGUUUGAGGAUAUAUAUAUAUAUAGGUAUGCUUGCCGUAAGCGUGCGUUACCCCACGACCCACGAUAGCGUAGUUCCAGUAUCCAGUGUGUGAUAGCGAGACCUGUACGCGCUGUAGCGACCACAAGAGCAAUACAUAUAAUUCAAGACAGAGACAAAGAGCGAGAGAUCAACAUGGGAAACAAUACGAAGGUGGACAGAGAUGGUGAGCGGAGAGAUCCAGAAUAAAGGCAUCCAAUAGACCUGAU